UUUCCAUGCAAUAAGUAAGCAAUCUCCAUUCACAGAACGAGGUACAAUCCCGAGGCAGAAACAAUCCACAGCCGAGUUCAUCGAUACAGAAAGAGGAAGCAGAAACUGUGUCAAACGAUGUGCAAGAACUGUAACAUUGCAAUUAUUAAAUAAUAAUAAUACUACCGGCAUGGCUGCAGACCAGGAGAUAUUUCUAAAAGCGAAAAACAGGACGUUCAGCGGGUAUACAGAAGAGGAGCAAUGCGAGUGGAAGGAACCCUUCUAUUUCAUCCAGGCUGCAGACCCCCAGCUGGGCUUAAUGAAGGCCUGGUCCGUCGGAGACUGCGAAAACGGGGGUGACGAGUGGGGACAGGAGGUCACGCUCACCCAGCAGGCCGUGCAAGCUGUCAACAAGCUGACCCCCAGACCCAAGUUCAUGGUGCUUUGUGGGGACCUCAUCCACGCCAUGCCAGGCAUGCAGUGGAGGGAUGAGCAGGAGAGAGACCUGAAGGAUGCCCUAAGGGGAGUGGACCCUGCAAUCCCCCUGGUGUUUGUCAGCGGGAACCACGACAUCGGCAACACGCCCACGCCAGAGACCAUCGCACAGUACCGCCGCAGCUGGGGAGACGACUACUUUAGUUUCUGGGUGGGGGGCGUUCUCUUCCUGGUCCUGAACUCCCAGCUGUUCUUCGAUGGCUCAGCCUGCCCUGAUCAGAGGGCAGCCCACGAAGCCUGGCUCUCUGAGCAGCUGGACUCUACCAAGCACCGGGCCUGUCGGCACACCGUGGUGUUCCAGCACAUCCCCAUCUUCUUGCGCUCCCCAGAGGAGGACAACGACUACUUCAAUCUGGAGAAGACCUUUCGCCUGCAGCUCCUCGAGCGAUUCCACAAAGCAGGAGUGAAAGCUGUGUUCUCUGGACACUACCAUCGCAACGCUGGAGGGAUGCACAACGGAGUUGACAUGGUGGUAACUUCUGCGAUAGGCUGCCAGCUGGGUACCGACCCCCACGGGCUGAGGUUGGUGGUAGUGACCAAGGAGAAGGUGGUCCAUCGCUACUACAGCCUGGAUGAGCUGAGCAAGACAGGCAUGGAGAAAGAGCUCAGAGACCUACUGGGAUAGCCUUCCAGCACCAGCUCAAGCACUAUGAAGGAUGGGCAAGGUCUUUCCCCCCCAAGUCUUCUCACCAAUCGUUUUCCUUAAAAAAGAAGCUUCUCAGGUUGGAUCAGGAGUAAGGAAAAGUUAAAUACAAAUUACUCCACAUCACACUAGGGUUUUUCUAGGUGGUCUCUAGGUAAGAGGAAUAAGGUUUCAGUUCAAAUUUAUAACCACAGUAUAUUGUAAAUAUAAUUUCAACAGCAAAUAUCUCAUAAACCACAUUGACCAAUGCAACAAUAUGUGCAAAUAUGUUUUACAUUAUCUGUAGCAUUUUAAAUCAACUACAUGGUAAUUCCUCACCUUACAGACAUUUAAACCAAACAGAUAAAGCAGAGUUCUUCAUACUAAAUGUGUUUUAGUGACUUAGUAGUACAGUAUUCUACACUGCAGUUGUAGAAGUUCAGAGAACAUACAGAGAUGUGUGUGUGCAAUUAGAUGAAUCACUGCACAGUUAAAUUGGUCAGCAUUCAUUUUAAUGCAGUAAAAACCUCAAUUUGGCCAUCUGGGAGCAAACGGUAUAUUUCAGCUUCAGUUGUUAGCAGUUGCUAAUUUUCCAGUAGUAUUACAGAGCCACAGCAGGAAGAUAAUCCCAAGUGUAUGCUGUGCCUAGAGACACAUCUGUGUCCCAGCCUUUACACCUAUGUAUCUACAUAUAUGCUGUGCAUAGCCACAUUCUAAUGUGAAGUUAAGCACAAAAAAAAAAAAGUUGUAUUUCCAUGCUUUGACAUGUGUGUUUUUUGGUUAUAAUAAAUAUUACUUUUAAAAGCA